CUGCUCCCUUGUUUCACAUGGUUUGUGAUGAUGUUAGUUUCUGCCUUUCACAGUUGAUGCAUGUAUGACUUUUUUUCCUGACUUCCUUCAAGAGCAGUGUAUUAUCAUGAGUGAUGUGAUCACUUACCAUAAUCACCAAAGUCAGUUUGGAUGCAGAGAAACAUCAGAGAUCAGUGAAGAGACUUCAUCCAGGUUUCACUCUAAAGAAUGGCAAACAUCUCUGAUAACACCACCCUCCUGAAUGAGGAUUAUGACAACCUCUUCUUUAUCAGGCAUGUAGUGACAUACAUCAUCGUUGGUAUCGGUCUCCCUUUGUUACUCAUGGCCAUCUAUGCUCUCUACUCUCUGGUAAAGAAUGGUCAGGUGGCUCCAAUCUACAUCAUCAACCUUCUCAUAUCUGACUUCAUUCAGCUCUGCUGUAUGAUCGUUCAGGAGUCCAAACCUGAGGAAGAGAUGACAAAGAACAUUGUGGUCCGUACUUACAGAUGUGCCGGAUUAACUAGUGUUGGCUUCAUGGUGUGUAUUUCACUGGAACGAUAUUUGGUCAUCGCCCACCCACUGUGGUACCGCUUCAGACGAACCAUCAGGAUCUCUGUGGUGGUCUGUGUUGUAGUCUGGAUCAUACCUCCCUUCUGUUACGUUGCUGUGUUCCCCUGGGUUACUAUGGUUGUAAAACGAAUCAUCUUCACCAUCUUGCUCAUCAUUCCCUUCCCACUGUUCAUUUUCUUCCUAAUUGGGACCCUCAGAGCUCUCUCUACUUCUGUCUCAGUCCCCUCUGAUGAAAAACAGAGAAUUGUGGCAAUCUUAGUCCUGGUGCUGCUGAUUUAUACUCUGCUGUUCCUGCCCAGUAUUAUUUGGCUCAUUGUGAAAACAUACAUCUAUAAUUACACUCUAGAUGUCCUGUCCCUCAUGUCUGUAAGGCUGAGUCCACUUGCAGACUUACUUCUGUAUGUUUUCAUCAAAAAAGAGACCUUUGGGAAGAUUUGGACCUCUGUGUGCUGUUGCAGAAAGGAGAACAAUGACACCAACAACAUCAACACAAUCAGUCUAGACCACAUUUAGACCAGUGGUUAUCAGUUAGGGGGGCGGAGCCAAAAAGUAGCUCAUUGAUCUGUUUUCAGAAGGUCACAGAUAUGGGGGCCAGAAGUUAUGGAUGUCUGAGUGAGCCCAUGUACAUCCAUCUGACUACCAGAAAAAACAUAUUGUCCAGUCAUAUUUUUUAAUUCCCACCCUUUGCAGCUAUAACAGCUUCAACUCUUCUGGGAAGACUUUCCACAAGGUUUAGGAGUGUGUUUAUGGGAAUUUUUGACCAUUCUUCCAGAAGCGCAUUUGUGA